AGGCGAUUGCUAAGGUUCCACCAAAUGGACUUCGAGCUAGCCGCAUGGCAGCUCACGUAUUUGUGUCUUGCGCCGAAGAGAGUUUAUCGUAACGUAUAUUUUCACAAACAAACCAAGAAUACGUGGGCACGGGACGACCCUGCUAUACUUCUCCUUAUUGCUGCCUGCCUAAUAGUUUCCGCAAUUGCAUGGUCAGUCGUGUACUCGUAUGGAGCCCUGCAAGCCAUUCAGCUCGCAGUUCUCAUGAUCUUCCGGGACUACCUUCUCGUCGGAAUUGUUGUCGCCACAUCCCUGUGGUUCUUCUCGAAUCGAGUACUAGUUUCCCCUCCGUCGCACGCUACUCCGUCAGAUUCGCAAGUAGAGUGGGCCUACGCUUUCGACGUCCACACGAAUGCGUUCUUCCCAUUCUACCUGACCCUCUACUUGGCACAGCUAUUCUUGGUACCCAUUAUCCUCAAAACCCCCUGGAUAUGUUUGUUCAUAUCCAAUACGCUCUAUCUUGCCGCCUUUGCGCAAUAUAUCUAUGGUAUCUAUCUAGGACUAAACGCUUUACCGUUCCUUAUCCGCUCUGAAUUGUUGCUGGCGCCCUUAUUGCCGCUGUUCGCGGCCUACGUAGUAUCACUUCUUGGCUUCAACGUUGCAAAACAUGUUCUGCCCGCAUACUUCGGCUCAUAGCAGUACUUACUAAAACAAUAGAUGUGUUACUUAUUAUUUGUUG